CCACUGUGUGGUUCGUGGUGUGUUUUCGAAAGAAAGGCCGAAUAAAUUCAAUUUUUAGGCGAAUUUACGGAGGAAAAGUUCCUAAAAAUGGCACAAGGAAAACUUAAAGUAAAGACAAAAGCGCCAGUCAACAACAAAAAAGCAAAUAAAAAGGGAGCCGCCUUCAGUAAACGGAAAAACGCCCCAAUCCAAUCAAAAAAGCACAAGUUCCAGGAAGCCCAUAAGCUAAAGCAAGUGGUGAGCAAAGCGGUAAACCAGCAGAAUGAAGACAACAUUCGAAAGCUGGCCUACGAGAGCCAGACAAAGCUGAGUCAGGCCCAGCAAGCCGUGCUCGAUCACCACAAAAAGCAGGCGGAAGCCCAGGAGGCGGGUACUUCAAAAAGUUAGGAUUUUUUGGUUUAGAUCUAAGCUUGUAUAGAGGUUUAUAUCCAUUUCUAAUAAAUAUUUGGUUUUUUA